GACACUACACAACCUGGUUCACCUCCACAACAACCCGCUUACAUGAGAGAUUUUGAUCAUUCAGCAGAGCAGAAGAAUGUCCCUCUGAUGCACCGCACUCACUCUCUUCCACACGCACCAGCUCGCAAGUGUACGGUCAAAUCGAAAAAUGCGCAGUACCGCGGUCAUCACCCUCCUCUCAAACGCCGCCAUGGCUGCUUCAGGACACACGAUCACUGGAAGCCCGGUCGGCGAAUACGCUGCCUACGACGGCAUUGUCUACGACCCGCCCGUAACCGCGACCAUCACAGAAACCAAGACAACAACCCAGUACGACACCAUCACCUCGUAUGAAACCACUGUCACAUCCUGGGAGCUUGCGCCGCCCGUCACUGUGACUGUCACGGAGUACAUUGACGAGCUGUUCGAUCAGUCCUACGAGAACAAGGACGAGCUCGGUGAUCUAGUCGUCGCACCGACGAUCAUCACUGCGACAAAGACGUUCACUCUCGUCGCUCCGAACGAGGAAGAGCCCAGCAUGACUGAGCUCGUCAAUGAAUGGAACAUCGAGCAGGCGACGUCGUAUGCAACUACCGUUACAGAGUUCACUUCCACCACGUGGGUCCACCAGCACAUCACAAGCACCAUCUGGGUCGACGAAGCCAAGCCGACCGAGGAGUAUGCUGAGGAUUUCGAUGAGGAGCACCCUGCGGAGCCCACCAAGACUAUCCAGCUCGAGGAUGGCUAUGGAGGCCUCAAAGAGCCCCAGCCGACAGGCUCAAAGUCUCACGUGAUCGACCUCCCCGUCAACCAGGUGCCCAACGACGAGGAGCUGGAAAAGCUGCUCGCAGACAUUUGGGAGGCAGAGCAAGCUGCCGCUGAGAAAGCCGCACAGGAGGCAGCCAAGAAGGUCUUUGAAAGUGCUGCGAAGGGUGGUAAACCAACCGCUUCGCCGUCGUCUUCUUUGCAGGCUCAGCCUCAUAAGCCCUCCCGUCCUCUCGGUUCAACGCCCACCCACGCCCUGACACCGUUCCACACGCCCAACCCAUCCAGCUCGCCAAAAACAUCCACCUUCGCAACCAAGACCUCGCUCCAGGCGGCUCCACGCCCGCAGCCCUCUGUAUCCGCAGGCAAAUGGAAAGGCGAGCUGAUCAACACGCCUGACGGCACGUGUGGACCUAAGGGCGGCGAGAUCGCAUACACGUGCCAGGGUAACUCGCGAGGUUCGUGCUGCAGUUCAUACGGCCACUGUGGCAGCGAGGAUGCACACUGCGGCACGGGCUGCAUGCCCACCUUCGGCACCUGCUCGCCGGCAGCGUCGUCCAGCGAGAUUUCGCAUAACAUUGCGAAGCGCUCUGAGACCCUAGAAAAGGUGCACAGCGAGAUGAUCCAGAAAGUAGUCGACAUGAUCCUCGCGGACCUGGAAUUGCACAACAAGAAUUUGCCAUCCUCCCACGGCGUUGCCAAGCGCUCUUCGACCCCAGAUAAAGAGACCAAGAAAGUCAAACAAGACCUCGCCAGCCUGAUUCUCACGGGCCUAGCAUCCCCCAAUAAAACCUCGCCACACGCCCCGAGCGUUGCGUCGACCCCAAAAUCCGAGGCACAUCUCUUCACCGCCAAGCUCAAGCAGGACUCGAUCGACUUCCUCUCCUGGGCCGCCGUCUUCCAAAAGGCCCAGGAGAAGGAGAAGAGCAGCGAGAUCGACGAGCGCGAUCUGAACCUCAACGUCCAGUACAACAUCACCGCCAUCGACGGCAUCUUGCGCCACUUCCGCGCGGAGACGAUCAAGACCAUGCAGCCGUACAACGUGACGGAGCUGAUGGAGGCGCUGAGAGCGGAGGGCGAGCUCAAGAGGGCGAUGUGGAUGGUGAAGGGGCGGAGGAAGAUUGGGGAGGAGUUUGAGUGGAAUGUUAAUGGUUCUGUUGCUGUCAACGAGACUGCUCUCGCCAUUGAAGCGGGCAUAUAUAAUCGUACCGCUGCUGCUAGCCAGACUGCAGUCGGUGAUAAGACCACAGUCAAUGAUGGGAGUGUGCUUGCUAGGGGCACUCCUCUCACCGAGAUCGAAUCCGGCCUCAUUGCUCAAACGGGCGCCAUCGCGAGGCGCAGCUGCCCGAAGUGGCUGUGGUCCUGCUGGCCGAAGACGCUACACGAUGCGAUCAAACAUCACAGGGAUGAUGGCGACGACAAGAAGCAUGACGAUAGUUCGGACAGUAGCUCUGACCGGGAGUAGCGGCGGUGCAACUGGAGGCGGGUGCGUAGUCUUCAUUGCUUAUCUUUGGGAGAUGCAGCGAGGAUGGUGAGCUUAAAAUUUGAUCUAGACUGGUUGUGAAAGGUGUCAACUGAGUU